AUGAGGAUUCAAACACUUUUGACUCCAAAACUGAGAGUAGAACUUCACUACAGCUACAAAGAUUGGGCGAAAUCGAGUUUUCAAAACAUUACGACAUUUAUUUACAUAAAAAAAGAUGACGAUACAAAAAUAAGCGAGUCAACAUUGAUUGUCAAAGAAAUAGUUAUUGAAGAAAAAGUACCAGCUUCUCCAAGUCACACACAGACAGGAAGUAUCGAUGACGUCAUUGGGUCUUUAGAAGAAAAUGAUGACGACACUGAAGACAGGAAUGAUGAGACCGAUUCAGACAAAUAUUUGUACAGACUACUGCGACCUGAAUUCGAAGAAACUUAUAAUUCUGGAAUCUUUCCCAAAAAUAGAAAUUCCAGUACAAGCCUUGAAGAUCAUGUUUGUAGUGGGUCUAGUAGCAGUAUAGAGUCAAAGUUCAUUUCCUGCUCUAAAUCGUUAGACAAGAUCAAGCUAUUUGCCGGAAUGAUCCGGAGAAGAUGGCGCAACGAACUAAGACACAUUGUGCGGAUUGACCGCACCCUUAUGGGAAGCGAUGUAGAGGUAAUAGAUCUCACUGACACAAGCGUCCGAGAAACACACCUCAUCAGUGACAGAUCAAGAAGAAAUUCCUUAAGAUUUCAUGAGAUUAUAUUGGUUCCAAAAGAAUGCAUUCCUGCUGAAAGCGUUAAGAGGAUUGGCCAUGUGCAGAAUGGUUCUUUUCAUUUUGAUGAAUAAAAUUCAACAGAUAUCUUCGAU